CCCGUAGAUCGCUCUCCGUUUGUGCUCAGACUGGGGGAGGGAGUGGAGGUUCUUUUAUCUUUUUUUAGAGACGAAUCCACCCCCUCCUGGAGACAUGGGAGUCACCUGUGUUUCUCAGAUGCCAGUAACAGAGGGGAAAAGUGUCCAGCAGACAGUUGAAAUUCUAACGAGAAAACUGGAAUUACUUGGAGCAGAGAAACAGGGAACUUUUGGUGUAGACUGUGAAACGUACCACACUGCACCCUCCACAAUGGGCAACCAAGGGCAGGCUGCCAAGCUGAUGUACGUGAUGCACAAUUCCGAAUAUCCCCUCAGCUGUUUCGCUCUCUUUGAAAAUGGCCCCUGCCUUAUAGCAGAUGCCAACUUCGAUGUCCUUAUGGUGAAACUGAAAGGCUUCUUUCAAAAUGCCAAAGGGAACAAGAUAGAAAGCCGGGGGACCCGGUACCAGUACUGUGAUUUCUUGGUGAAGAUUGGCACUGUUACUAUGGGUCCCAGUGCCCGUGGAAUAUCUGUGGAGGUGGAAUACUGUCCAUGUGUGAUAGCCAGUGACUGCUGGAACCUGUUAAUGGAAUUCAUGCAAAGUUUCAUGGGAAGUCACACUCCUGGAAUCCCUUCUGUGUUCAGCAACAAGCAUGACAGUAUCUACAGCCCAGCUGACACAAUGGUUCAAUACAUGGAACUCUUCAACAAGAUUCGCAAGCAGCAGCAGGUGCCCGUUGCAGGGAUCAGAUGAGGAAGGCUUCAUUAUGUCUACUUUCAAGCUAGCCACUGUUUGCUGAACAGUCAUAUUGCAUCCCAGUAGUACUCAAGGUUACAAUUUUCCCACUAAAUCAAAGGACAGUCCUGCUCCUUUAGAAGGAUAAAAUUAAUUGUAUCUCAAUGUAUAACUUUACAUAUGCUUUGCCCUGCUGACUCAGUGAACAUGCCUACUUUGAGUUCUUCAAGCAAACAGCCCUACAAAAGGGAAAUUAAGGACAAACAACUUGCAGAAAUACAGAGAUUCAAAUUGUGCUGAUGGGAGAUUGGGCUUUGAUUAUAUUUAAUCCUUGGUUGAUAAUUGUUAAUACGGAUGCCCUUUACUACUGGUUUUAAUAAAAUAACUUUAUUUUCA